AUGAAUUAUUGGGAGAUCAUAAAAGUAAUCUACAAACCUGACAGCCCCCGUCAGACUGAAUUCCAAUCUGUGGUACAGACUGGACCCCGUGGGCAUGCUGGAGAUGGAGCGGAGAGUCAGUCGGAACCAACACAACCAUCAGGUUUGGAGAAUAAUUUUCACCUAGUACAUACAUUUUACUGUGAGCUUAAUUAUGGUUCAUUUCUAGACAAUAAUUCACAGCAGGAUUUACAUGUGAAAAAGAUUUCGGGGGCAAGGCCCUUAUAA